AUUCAGGGAGGUGUUGGAUAUUCGGAAGGUUGAGUGUGGCUGUGGGCCAAUUAAACUGCUCCUCAUACUGCUCUUUCCAGCGAUCCAGUCGUCUAUCCUGAGAGCUAAUUAUAGUGCCAUUUUUCUCCGAGAUUGUUUCACUUAUGAUUUGCCUUCUUCCACCCGUUUCCCUGAUGAGUCUAAAGAGUUACCUGGUGUUGCCUAUCCUCGAAGCUUUCUCCAUCUCUUUGGCUUUUGUCGCCCGCCACUGUUCACGGUCCUUGCGGAGACUUUUCGUAAGUUUCCUCUUGUGCAGCUUUCGCUCCUCAUUGAAUUCGGAGCUCGCCGGAAUAAGUCUUCUAGCAUCUAUCAGUUCGGAUGAGGCGGUGGAGAUCCAGUGGUUUUUACUCACCUUUGGGUUUACCUUAUUCACAGCUUUUACAGCUGUAUCUAUGGCUGCCUGGAUAUUCUUCCAAGCUUCUUCAGGGUGAGCACGGCUGUUGAACACAGAUGUGUUUAGCUAGUUCUUCCUCAAAUACGGAUUUAGUUUCCUGAUCGAGCUGGGGAUGUGGUGGUUUUACCGCCAGCUGUUUGCUACGUUCGUUCAGUCGUAAGCACACCCGAGCGCGGACCAGUGCGUGAUCGGUAUCUACACAUGUGUUCCAGAAGGAGCGACAAUCUCCUACAGACCCACGCCAACGAUAGCUUAUUGCUAUGUGGUCUAUUUGUGUCCAGC